GAACUCAAAACGUGUGUAAAGACCGACAGAYGACGACGACGUCUACGACGUGAUGCGCGUGUGAUCUUCGAUAUUAUCGUCGUAGACAGCUGCGGUACCGCGAUUUUCGGUGAAAAAAAAAAUAAAACAGAAAAAUACAUUGUUUGCGCCCGUGUAGUCUCCCUAACCGUUCGGYCACAGCCACCAGUCGCUACCACCAUACGUUCCACGGUAUCGUUUCGCCUCAGGCCGUUAUCCAUAACAAUAUUAAAAUAUUCCGUCAUAAUAUACCACCAUACUACCACUCGUCGUAACGUUUGUAAUAAUAAUUUCGUAUUAUUAUUAUUGUGGUUGUUUGGCGCAACUUUCGAUUUUGGUUAAAAUAUUUUUCGUGCUCUCGGCGAUUUCUCCAAAACUCACGACUUUACUGCCCGGUGACAACCAUUCGUGCUGUUGAAAAUCAAAUACGUUGAUGUCAAGCAUUCAAUGUGGUCUUAUGAUGUGUCCUUAUGAACGGAGAAUACGCUCAGCCACAGCACAUUUCAGAUUCCAUCUACCUAGGUGCUGCCAUCGUACUGAGUAUUAUCGGAAUAGUUGGAUUCCUCUUCAACACUUGUGUCAUUUUCAUCAUGAUUAGGGAUCCACGGCUAUGGACCCCACAAAACGUGAUAAUAUUCAACUUAGCAACGUCCGACUUAGCCGUGUCUGUACUGGGAAACCCAGUUACCUUGGCUGCUGCCAUCACCAAAGGCUGGAUUUUUGGUCAAACCAUAUGUGUUAUCUAUGGAUUCUUUAUGGCAUUAUUUGGAAUAGCGUCAAUAACAACAUUAACAGUGCUGGCAUACGAUCGAUAUUUAAUGAUACGAUAUCCGUUCAGCAGCACCAGGUUGACAAAAGAAACUGCAAUAUACGCAAUAGUUGGAAUAUGGAUAUAUGCGUUUGCUGUAACAGGACCUCCGUUGUUCGGGUGGAAUCGUUACGUCAACGAAUCUGCAAAUAUCAGUUGUUCAAUAGACUGGGAGAGUGGUGAGCAUAGCAAUUAUGUUAUAUACAUAUUUGUUUUUGGACUUUUUCUACCAGUUACAGUGAUUAUCUAUUCGUAUGUGAGCCUCGUCGUUACAGUAAGAAAGAGAUCUGCUGAAAAAGUCAUCGGACAAGCGACUAAAGCAGAAUGCAGGGUAGCCAUUAUGGUGGCCGUGAUGAUAUUGGCGUUUUUAACUGCGUGGAUGCCGUAUUCAGUACUAGCUCUCAUGAUUGCAUUUGGCGGCGUUCAUAUCAGUCCGGUCGUCAGCAUAAUACCGGCUUUGUGUGCCAAGUCGAGCAUAUGCUGGAAUCCAAUUAUAUACAUUGGACUCAAUACGCAAUUCCGGUCUGCGUGGAAACGGUUCCUGAACAUCUCGAGCACGUUGUCGGAAGUCUCGCUAGACGCGGACAUCACCACGAACAUGACCAAAUUGAUGACCGGUCACCAAGAGCUGCCAACUCAUCACAUGAGCAACGGUGRCGCCGACCAUUCGCCGGGUCUGAUAAUGUGCUGCUUGGCGCACGACGAACACCGACGGUCCGCGACGUACGCCAACCGGUACGAGUGCAAUCUCGAAAUGAAGUCGUGCAACCCGCAAACUUUAGGCAUACGGCUCGAAACGGAUAUCGGSGACGUUUCUUUGUGAACAUAAAAAUAGUAUAAUAUCAAAAUACCACUACAACCGUUGAAAAAAAAAUAGUCACAUUGUAAGUUGGCUUCGAAUUGGUAAUAAUAUAUUAUAUUUUUUUUUCUUUUUGGACAUUUUUGAUGCCUGCAGUUAGUUCCAAUAUCGAUAUCAUUAUACUAAAAUUUAGGUAUUAGUGAAAAAUAUAGGGCUGAGGGUGGGCUGUAGUGAAAUUUCAACAUCAAUUGAAAUACCUAUGGUAAUAAUAUUAGGUAUCAUAAUGUGACGUACCUAUAUGUCAUAAUUAUAAGCUCCCGAGAGYUACAGRCACCUUAAAAAAGGAAUAAUUGGUUAUAAUGAAAAUAAUGAAUUCCUAWAAAGAACGCACUGAUCAGUAGCUACCUAUCUAACAUUGUACCAUAUUACAAUGUAUUUUUUCAUUUUCUAACACAAUACAUUAUAUUGUUAUGACAAUGUUAUAUUAUAAUUAUUAUUUUAUAAUAUAUGGUUACGGGUUCAAAUAGACGACUAUAAUAUACAGAUAACAGGCCGUUACAUGCAUUAGACUGCGAAGAUUUUAUCCAUAACGAGUUUCUUAACAUUUCGAUGAUGAAAAUGAUAAAACUUUUU